AUGUCCUCUCUUCCUCCCACCGAGAAUGCCAACGAGGAAAUCGUCGGCGGAACAGCAAAGCAAAUGCGCUUCCGCAACAAGAACGAGAUGAACUGGCGAGUGAUCCGUGAGAGUAUUCCGUACGGAGCCGCAACAACGGUGGCCGCCCUGGGGCUCUCUGCCGUCGCUCAGAAGCGCUGGCCCUUCUACCAGCGUCUCACGCUGCCCAUCAAGGUAUCCGUCAUCCUGGGCUCCACCAUCAUUGGUUUCUUCACGGCCAGCGACAUUGUGGCCAUGAAGAUCGAUCGCGAGUUUGCCCAGCAGUUCUCUGUUGUUCGUGAAAGCGAGGUCGAGACCGAUGCUUCCCAGGGCCAGAUCAACUUUACCACGGCCGAGGGCUGGAAGAAUGCGUUUGUCCGCUUUCGCUACAGCGCUGUCGCCGGUCUCUGGGCUACUUCGAUGGCCGUUGCUCUCGGCUACAACUUCCGACGCACCGACAUCACCCACGCCCAGAAGGUCAUCAACGCACGCAUGACGGCUCAGCUGCUGGCCCUGGCGGGUGUGAUGGGUGUCGCCGGUGUGUCGGCCAUGGUUGAUAUCAAGCCCAUGGUGAAGAUUGAUCCAUACUACGAACGCAUCGUCGCCGGUGGAUCCAAGCCGGCCACAUCCUGA